GCAGGUUUUACAUUCGUUCACUUUGUUACAUUCCCUCCAGUCAUUAAAAGUGAGUCUCCGUUAACAUUAGCAUAGCAUCGUUCUUGAUGGAGUGUCUCUUUUUCUGCACAAGUUUGCACAUGUUCACACAAGUUCGUACGAUACACGGUUCAAAUCACGCUUGUUGGUGAAAGAUCAUACAGCAACAGUAGGAACAGGUAUGGUUUAAUCCAACGGCACUUAGCUGCGCGGUCUGCUUGGGAGUGUUUUUUUUGUUGUUUGCCCUCUCGCCCUGUUCAUUGUCUUGCUGGUAGUUCGCGACAUCGGUGGGCUGCUGAGCUGUGUUUGUGAAUGGAAAUGAUGCAUAAAGCAUCAUGAAGCGGACCAGCAGCGGUGGUCAGAACAGGGCAACAGUGGUAAUAGAAAUUGGUUCGUCUUAAACAGUGUUUAGGUUUAUUUCGACGUGAAUUUCCGUGAAACAGUGUGAUUUUUGGAAAGAGCAACAGUUAAAAAAGCAAGGAAUCUAUCAAAUAGCCAAUAGAAACAUCACCAGCUACGGAACAUACAACAGAAUAUGCCAAUGUCGCCAAUAAAUGCCCACCCGAAGCACGUACGUUUGAUGAAAUGUGUUUGAUUUUGGAGUUUGCUUCCGCCACAAUGGCCACGGACCCCGGGUACUGUGUUGACAUUGGAUGAUCAUCGGUUUGAAUCGGUGACUUCAUCGCCAGUCUGUUGAAUGGUGUUCGCUAAGCAAGCUAGGCGUCGAAUGAUAUGAACGUGUUUUGAAGCCGUUUCGCCUAGAUAAAGCGCAGCAGGGACCCCUUUUUUCUUUGAACCGGGCAUUGGGUACCUCUCCCGCCUAGCAUCCCCGUAAAAAUGGACAUCUCGCAAACAUCCCCUUCAAGACGUAGCAGCAUUCCGAUACCGAAACGGAAAACAUCGCUCCACCUGUACAUUGCCGGUGGCGGUGGUUCAUCUUCAAACUCAUCGUCAAACGUCGGUUCGGCUUCGGCUUCGAUAAACGACGAUGAACCUUCGUUCACGCGCAGCAUGCUCGGUUCAUUCGUACAAGCGGAUUCAUCGCCCGGUGGCGUUGGUGUUGCGGGUGCAGGAAGCGGCACAACGGUCAGCACGCCGUCCGAGUACGUUCAGCUAAAGGAAAGCCAUAACCGACUGAUGGAAAAGUGCGAACAUUUGACCAAACGCAACGCCCAGCUUGAAACAUCGAACGAACAGCUCAACUACAAUGUAAAGCAACUCGUUGGAGAUCUGGAAAACUCGCAGCGUGUACUAACGGAUUUUACGGAGAAAAACCGGCGCCUAAGGCGUAAACUAUCCGAAAUCAUUCCUACACCAGCGCCCGGCGAGGAAGGUGUCACCGUUGACGCGGUAGAGAGCGAUGACGAGGGGCCAGAUGCUUUGCCGACUCGUACACGGGAUUCGGGGUCAGGUGCAACCGGAACCACGGUUGGCGCUGAGCCGAGCGGAAAGGGUACCGAGGUGGACAGUUUGCUGAAUGAAAUGGAAAAGCUCAAGUCCUACCUGAACAACGUGGAGCUACAGCUGUACGAGGCGAAUGAAAAAAUCUCGGAACUGUUGGAAAAUAAGCAACAGUACGAGGAAACGAAUCGGAAACUGCGAGAGGAAAAUGCGGAACUAAACAAGGUGGCGCGGCUAAUGUCACGAAACAUGCUGGAAUCAAUCGAUACUAGUAAAAGGCUGGAAAACUCGUUCAUUCAGGUGCAACGCGAACGUGACCACUUGGUGCGUCAAAAUCGCGAUUCUGUCGACUCGAAAACAAGCACAAACGAAGAGAUUCAAAAGAUGCGCUCCGAAAUUGAGCUGCAGAGGAAAACGUACGAGGCACAGUUCAUCGAAUAUAAAAGUCUCAUGAGCGAAGAGCACGAGCGCAAGACGAACGAUCAGAUCGUUGCCCUUGAGCUGGAGGUCGAGGGGUUGCGGCAGCAGCUGGACGAAGCGUUGCAGCGGGCCGAACGGGCCGAGGGCGAGGUGCUAGCGCUACGACAGCAGCUCCGUAUCAGCCGGCUGCGAGAGUGGCAAAGUUCUGCCAGCCCGGGCUCCACGAACAUCGUUGGAAUUUCCGAAGUUCUGGACAGUGACGAUCCGCUAGUGACGCUGCUAGGCCAGUGCAGUCUGACUGAAGGUUCCCCGGCCGGAACCUCUUCCCAUCUCUCACACGUCGCAACCAAUGUACCUGCACAACCACCUUCCCUUCCACCACCACCACCGCCACCACCACCGCCGCCACCGGCCCCACCACUACCAGCUAACAAUUUCGCUAACAGCAAGCACCUAACCUCCACCGGGACGGCUGACGGCUGCGACCGGGCGCUUGGCUUAAGCGAGGCGAUUUCGCAGCAGAAAUUAAAUCACGUGGCAAUAACGAAUGUAAAUAGCCAGCACCCGGCAACAGGUCUAGAUUCGGUGAUUGCUGACAUCAAAAGUGGAAAGGUGACGUUAAGGCGACGGCGUCCCAACCUACCCAACCAUUCCGCCGGCGACGAGACAACCGGUACCAGUGACAGUAUUAGAGAUAGUGAGCAGGACUACAACCAGAUGGUCGCUCGCAAUCCCGGCCUGAAGGAGAUGUAUGACAUUUUGGCGAAGAUGAAACGGCGCAACCGGAAAUCGAAAAUUAUUGUCGAAUCAGAGCUGGUUGGUCGGGGCCAGGACGGCACUGAUGGUGCGGCCCGACGGACCCGUUUGCUGAUGGAUGUAACCGAUUUAUGAGACCCCGGCUACUAGACACACGCUGCAUUUCGAAGUUUAUGUUUUUAACGAAGUUUUUAACAACUGCCUUUAAUCCCACAAUAAUGAGGAUGUUUACCA